CACGCGUCACGGCGCUCUCGUUGUUUCUAUUGGCUGUCUCCCAUGUCAUUCGAGUACAGCCGUUGCUGCCUGUUUGUUGACAACUCGAUUAUCAAACACAACAUCGUGUUUUUCUGCGCUGCGUCGCUAAUUGAAAUGGCUUCAAGUUACCGCAAACCAGCCUCUUCAGCCAGCCAGAGGAAAAGGCCAGGUCCCAAAGUGGAACUGACUGAGGAGCAAAAGCAAGAAAUAAAGGAGGCUUUUGACCUCUUUGACACAGACGGGACUGGGACAAUAGAUGUGAAGGAGCUAAAGGUUGCCAUGAGAGCUCUGGGGUUUGAACCAAAGAAAGAAGAAAUCAAGAAAAUGAUUGCAACCAUUGAUAAAGAAGGCUCCGGAACAAUUGACUACAGCGACUUUCUCAGUAUGAUGGCACUGAAAAUGGGUGAAAAGGACUCCGAAGAAGAAAUAAUGAAGGCUUUCCGGCUCUUUGACGAUGACUCUACGGGAAGAAUCUCAUUCAAAAAUCUAAAGAGAGUUGCUAAGGAGCUGGGUGAAAACCUCACAGAUGAAGAGUUACAGGAAAUGAUCGACGAGGCAGACAGAGACGGAGACGGCGAGGUCAACGAGCAGGAGUUCCUGAGGAUGAUGAAGAAGACCAAUCUUUACUGAACCUGUUGAAUGUUACAAUGUUGAUCUGCAACAUUUUCUUUUUAAAGAUUCACCUUUGAAUUUAUAUGUAGAAGCUUU